AUGGUAUGUGAACGAACGCCUUACAUGAAAAGAAACACGAACGAACACAAGAAAUGCUUAAAAGAAGAUGACGAAGAAGAUGACGAAGAAGAAGAAGAAGAAGAAGAAGAAGAAGAAGAAGAAAAAAAGAACUCAAAGAAAACCCCUCAAAUAUUUAUCUUGCCUCCAUGGAAGCCUUUCCCUAAAUAUCAACAGUAUCCACACUAA